CCCGACGUCGUCGUCCUCGACGAGGCGCACACGAUCAAGAACCCCAAGUCGAAGCGCCACGAGGCGCUGAGCCGCAUCCGCACGAAGCGGCGCGUCGCGCUCACGGGCACGCCGCUCCAGAACAACCUGCUCGAGUACCACACGAUGAUCUCCUACGUUCGCGGCGCGGUGCUCGGCACGCGCGCCGAGUUCAAGAACCGCUUCGUCGACCCCAUCGACAACGGCCUCUGCCGCGACAGCGAGAAGAAGGACGUCACGCGCAUGAAGAAGCGCAUGUUCGUGCUCCAGGACCUCAUCAAGGACUUCGUGCUGCGCCGCGACGAGUCGCUCCUCGCCAAGGAGAUGGGCAAGACCGAGUACCUCGUCACGACGAAGCUCCGGCCCGCGCAGCGCGCCGUCUACGGCGCGUUCCUCGCGCAC